AUGGAAGGACUUUCGACUCCACUGUACUGCGACAUUGAACAGCGUUCCAGGACCCCGACUCGAAUUCCCACCUUUGCGUUAUGUGGCUUUGGUCCCGUUGCUUCACCCAUCGAACCUUUGCCAAAGAAUGACCAGAUGUCUUCUCCUACAACGACAGUUCGGUACGCGGAUGACCCUGAAGCUAGCGGAUCUCAACGCUGUGACGAUUUUCAACAGCAGUCCAGGCCAAAGUUCGACUUGACAAGUAGAAGGGGCACCGAAGGAGACAUUCGGUCAGCUUUUCAACAUCUUCGAGACCUUUUUGGUGAAUCCAUGUAUUAUACACUGAGCCGUUCUAGCAGUGCACCCUUUACCUCCAGCAUGAGGGCUACGGAAUACUUCAUCUCCCCAGAUGAAAUUUCAACCUCGCUUCCAUUUGGACCAGAGCUCUUUUCCAAGGAUAUGCUCGUUGAAAACGUCUAUAAUGAGAGAUUUCAGCUGAUGGCAGGCCCAAAGAAUUUUCUAUUGCACGAUGUGGUUCCAUCUGAUUCCUCUCAUAAUUCAAACAGCAACCUCACACCAUCUGGACCAUCCGGUAUCUUGGAGACAGGCCCUAUUGGAGACUACAGAAGUGGACUAUCCCCAUCACCUUUCCACGCUGUUGAGAGCUCGCUCACAGAUCAUUUCGACUAUGGAGUUGACGGAGAGAACACCUACCCUGUUCGAACGCAGCUAUUGUGCAGUCGGUCGAGAAGCUUUUCUCCGCCUCAUUCCUGCGAGCCUCUCGGUCAGUUCUCUGAACAGUUCCCGUAUACAAACCAGCGAGACCUCUCCUUGACAGAUGUUGCUUUCAAUGCACCAGGAUAUCUUCAAAACGUGAACGAUAACAUGGAGGCACAGCUACAUUCGGUUUCUUCUACGUGGCCGCUCGCUGCCGUUGCAGAGGAUCCCUGUCAGAAUCCUCCCCCUACUGAUUCCGGCUAUGAAUCGUUCCGUCAUCGUGAUUCCUUCCUCAAUUACCAUCCCUGGGGCAUAACAGGAGGCUCUUCUACACCAAGUAGGACUAUCAGAAAGGACUUCGACGCGAAGACUUCAUAUUCUGCAGCAAGUACCGUCGGUAGAGGCCCAGCGGAUCAAUACGUUGCCGAAUUAGCCAGCGACAUUCGCCAACAAUUAUUCCAUCGUUCAGACAUCAAGGCUUGGCAAUCGGUGCAGUCGAUACUUCCAGAAUUGAUCAAGGCCUUUGCAAUUCAAGUUGGACUCGAUUCAACGUCCCAGAACCACAAAAGCAUCAUGUACUUCAUACAUAAACGCGGCCGUCAAAUCGGGUCACGGCUUGUGUCUAUGUCGGAUGAGUUGAUUAUCGACGCUUCACGUGAAAGUGUAGCUGGCAUGUCUGUAGAGGAUAAGAUUAGCCUUUGGAACAGCAAGGUGGGCGUGUCAUGUCCUUCACCGCCCCAGCAGGAUCGAUUCCAGGGGAUUGAAGAUACAGAAGAGGACGCUUUGGGGCCUGUCCCAAUAUCGGAAUACCGCGAUAUUGUGUUGAAGGGCAAUCCAUUCAAGUGUCUGGUCGCACGUCUGAAUAAUGAAAUGAUCUUGCAGUGGGACCAAGACAACUCUAAGAACAAUAACGUACGAAAAGAGAUCCGACAGAAGAUACUCGAGUGUCUUCCAACGGGCAGAAUCAGCAAGAAGCAUUCACCAAAGAUUCAUCAAGUCAGAUUUCGGCUUCUUGGAUGGCCGUUCACUCCUGCGUCUGUAUGGCAUCCAGCAAAUUACGAAGCUGAGGUGCUCGCCCCUCAAUCGAUUUCAGAGUCUCUCAUUGUUGCCUACUGCACAGAAGAAAGUCAAGCAACUACGAUUACGAAUUACUUGGAGCAAGUGUGGCCAUCGAGUUGGAAUAGUUUGUACGACGUGCUACAGAUUCACCCAGUCAUCAAUGGAUCGGGAGAUUAUGUUUCUGACAAAACUCACACUGUUGCCGUGCAAGAUGACCCUAGUACGUUUCUGGGAGCUAGGCUUGAAGGCAAGGACUUGGUCAUCACCGUAAAGGGGUCCUCCUACUUGAUUGCCGAGUAUGGCGAACAACUUGCGUGGCUCUCUGCGGCUAUUCCCCGCCCUCUUGACGGCAACGUAUCCAACCGGACUCCUUGCAUUCAUCAUGAAAGUGCCGAUGAGGCGAGAUACCACGACCCCGGAACAGACGUGUAUGAUGCCAGCAAAGGCAUUCAUCUCUGGCAGGACGCUUCGAGUGGAAGGAACCCAAGUUGUUCUUCCGUGGGCGACUUGAAGAAAGAUGAAGAAGAAAACUUGGGUUGGGAGCUCAGUUUCAUGGUCGGCCGCCAUAUCCUAGAUUUUGUUGACCGCACAGCGAUAAUACCAGGCCUGUGUCUUCAAGACGAUGAAUCCAGACUGACACCAAGUUCUGGCGACUUAUUGGCUUCGUGGGCCCCCAAGGCCAGGGGCAGAGUUUUUGCAAGAUGCAAUCAGCGUUUGAGAACAACGCGACGCACAUCACAUCCAACUAGUACGGGGCACGAAGAUACACCAUCCCUCUCAAAUCUCACUCCAGAAGAAUGUCGUCGAGACAGUGCAAGUCGCCACGAUGAUCUGGCCGAUGAAUCAGAUAGUCUGUCGUACGACUCUGACUUCUUGUCGAUGUCAGAGGUGUCAGACGAGGUUAACAUUACUCCUCUCUCGAAAGACGAUCCCUUGUACAUUGUUCUCAAAAAUGUCGGAGACACUCUUUUCAAUGAGUGCCAACCCCAAACUCGUGGAGGUACUGCAGGGAGUGCAGACGGUCCUGCUUCGGCCUUCUUGUCGGCAAGUACCCGAAUACAGGGUCCACCUUCAAGCAGCGGGCAGCAGUUUGGCAGGGAGAAACGCAAAGCUGAAGACCAACCUGGAUCAGAGCAAGUGGUCGCUAAGAGACAACGUCAAGAAAGAAAGCAUGAAGUUUUGCUGGCUUGCCCCUUCUGGAAGUCGGAUCCCAUCAGUUACCAUGAAUGUUCCAGGCGAAAACUCAAAAGAGUUCGCGACGUCAAACAACACCUAAACAGGUGUCACACACCCAAACACUAUUGUCAGCGAUGUCUGAGGCUCUUCACAAACGACAAUGCCCUUCGUGAGCAUGUUUCUGCCGAGGGAGGCUGGACAUGUUCCCGCUCCGACUCAGAUACACUGAAUGGGAUUUCACACGAACAGAGCAGGAGGCUUCAUCAAAGGUCAACCCCUUCAACGUCAGAUGAAUGUCAGUGGUUCGCAAUGUGGGAAAUCAUUUUUCCCGGGAAGCAUAGGCCUCGAUCUGCAUAUAUGGAUCAUGAGAUUUCCGAAGAUCUUGCAGCCUUCCAAGAGCAUCUAGAUUCCCGAGCGGGACCGGCCCUUCACGAAGCGUUGGAGUCGCGCGGAUUUAUUCCGGGUCUUACAACAGAGGAAGAAAGACAACUUGUACAAGGAGUCAUUAGUGAUGUACUUUACAGGCUGCGACAAGAUUGGACGUCGAGCCGAUCUGUCAUUCCACAGGCACCACACUCAGCGCCUUCCUUGCCCCAGACUCCAUACAGCAACAUUCACGCCAGCAGUCUCGGGACGCCAGCUGCUGCUUCUUCAGUAGACAGUGCUAUUGUGUUGGGAUCGUACAAUAGCUCAGCCAACCCUGCGACAGCCCAUACAUUCGGUCCAUUGCUGUCGAACUUAUUAGCCUCCAGAGGCGUGCUGAGCCCACCCACGAGCGCACCACCAGCUACGACAGGUACUGGAACACGGGUUGGUAGCAGGUUGGAACUCACCGGCUUGAAUACCACGAGCCUCGGUGAGCUCCCCGUAGACAGUUUCGGUUGGGAUGGAACAGCUGAGAUGUUUGAUGCAGGUUUAAUGGGCGACUUUACCUUCUCAGUACCGCAGGACAACAUGAACUUGGGGGCAGUAGACAUCCCGUCAUGCUUCAGUAUGGGCGUCGGAGCCGAGGAUCAAAUUACGCUCCCUAGGAUGGAAGGAAAUGCAGAGGACAUAUGA